ACCAUUUCUCAUCUGGAAGAAUGCCCCAGCUUGUUGAUUCUACGAGAUCCCACCCCGCGGUUGAGGCCCAGGGCACUCCGUAUGCACAAACAAGCUGCAGCCUCUUGCGUCUGUGUGGCCACUCACAACCGCCUGCCGGAAAUCACCUCCUGCGUGCUGGGACUAGUGGGGUUGACGCUAACCUCUUCUCAUAGGGAGGCCUACCCAAUUACAAAGAGUUCACGAGGGUGUAAUGCGACAGGCAGUAUUUUGCAUUGCAUGCUACAAACAAUAGCCAGCGAGCUCAACCCUGGAGAUCGAGGAUCGAGUCCCUGGUUGACAGCAGAGCUAGCCGCAUUCGACCCUGGAAGCCUGCUAGCCAAUUUGGCAUUGAUCAGCAGGGGUCUGCGCAGGGAUCGGGCGAGGGAGGGCGACCACCGUAGACCCAGACAUCGUCGAGAAUGCCAUCAAGUCGCCGCCCACAUUAGCUCUGUGGCAUAUGCCUCUCGCGGUUUCUUUGUCUGAAGUCUGGCGCGUCGAAAGCACGACCACAUAGGCGGUUCCAGACUCGCGAGACUGCCGCCGUCAACCACGGUAUGGGACGACAAUAAGCUUUGGCCAGUUCGGAGCAAUGUAGUAGAGCGUGACAGAGCAUGCAAGGGGAGCUCUUCGCUCUGAUUUCAGCUUGCCAGUAUCGGCAGCAAUUGAUUAGAUAGAUACGACCAAGGCCCGACCUACCGUCUGCUGAAUGUUUCGCCACGCUGGGAAGUAUUAUUUUACGCGAAUUCCCCUUCGGCCCUC